AUGCCCACCACAGCUGUAAUUGGUGCGUUCUUGCUAGCGGUGUACUGCACAUGGAAUUUCGCUUCAAAGCUAAAGAGUGUCAACUACCUGCCGGGUAUGAGACCACCCUUUUCUCCGCUUGGCAUAUUUGGUGUUAUCAUUCCUACGUGUUGGUGGAACCCGGGCCUCAAUUGGUCUUGGGACUGGAGGAAAACUAUCGUGAGACAGUUGUUGAAGGAUGAACGCAAGACAGGGCUCAUUAAACCCCCCGAAAUGACAAGUGCGGUCUGCUUCGAUCUUGUAUGGCAGCAGUCUGCUUCACUGUACGAGGACAUGGUUCGAGCAGCUAAGUGGGGGGAUGAGCGAGUGACGAUCGUCCGCGAUAUCGGUCUGUACACCCGCAGUACUUACCUGUGGUCUCGGCAGUUCGCGCUAGCGGUCAUUGCGCGAUGUGGUUUUGGCCUUCCAAUGCCGUGGAGCGACCCAAAUGUCGAAAAGGCUGAAGAGGAGAUGUCCUUUUCAGUUGCGAUGGAGUGGGUCGAAAGAACCAUGAUUCCAUGGAGCGUCAUCUUGCCGCGUUGGUCGCAUCGAUUACCCUCCAAAUGGCUUCGCGACAUGGGACACGCCCGGUCGUCGUUAGCGGAGUACAUGAGCAAGGUUGUCGACAAGAAAGCCCGAGAGCUGUCCGGGGUGAAAAGCCAUGAUAAUAAUUUGCCACGGGGCGACAUCUUCGCGCGCCUAAUUAACCUAGACAAGGAGGAAGUUAUCGGGAAUACUUUCUCGCUGAUGUUUGCUGGUCAUGAGUCAAGCAUGUUUGUCCUGGCGGCGACUUUGGGUUACCUAGCAAUCUAUCAGGACGAACAAGAGAAAGCCUAUCAAGAAAUCUUGGCGGCAACUCCUGUUGAUCGCGAGCUUGGUCCAGAAGAUGUUGGGAAACUUACUCACACCUUGGCAUGCUUCCAUGAAUCUGCAAGAAUAUUGCCUCCGGGGACCAUAAAUCCAAGACGUGCCAUUGAGGAUAUCACAGUUAAUGUAACAAGUCCUGCACCAGGAGUUAUCACGAUUCCCAAGGGUUCGGGGAUCAUGAUUGAUUUGCUCGCCGUCCAUCAUAACCCCGAGGCGUUUCCGGACCCUGACGUGUGGCGCCCCUCCCGCUGGUACGGCGCACCCGAACAUGACCUCACCAUGUUCGGGUAUGGGUCACGUGUAUGCGUGGGGCGCAAGUUCGCCCAGGUCGAGGGGGCCUGUUUCUUGUCCCAUUUCUUGCGUGACUUCAAACUUGACAUCGAACUUUGUAAUGGGGAAACCAGAAAGCAGUACGAAGAACGAGUGAUGGGAAAUACAAGGCAUUCUGGCCUUGCAUUUGGGGUUCGAUCUGUGGACCUGAAACUCAUUGCUAGAAAGUAG